AUGGAUGCCGGAGCAUUUAUCCACCAGAUGACGCAUGGCCCAUUCCCCGACCACCUUCUCCCUUUACAUAGGGUUUAUAGACGGCGUUACAAAAGUGGUAUACGACAUGUCUCACGUUGCAAAGAUCUCUUCCCACCAGAUUUAAAGCGCACACGUCAGAUGUUCCGAUUCGAUUCCAUGGAAUUCCAGUAUUUUGCUUGCCCGCGACUACCACUGAUGGUACAAGAGUGCAUGAGGAAAUUUACCUCUAAACUGAAAAAUGGCAAAAUUUGCCGGGAUCUCACAGAUCGGUUUGAGAUAUAUGGUUAUGUUGGUAGAGGAACCAGUUCCUUCAUACUCGCUGCAAGAGACAAGGGCAACAUGAGGAGACAAUAUGCACUGAAACUUCAGUACACGGGAUAUAGAAAUGAGUGGAAAGCCUAUUCGAAUCCUAUCUUUUGCAACUACGUUGAGCUCGGUUCAAAAUUACGCCGAUACAUUCCAGUGGAGGCAGUCAUCCUGCAGCUUCUCUCGGAGUGUCCACGAUUCCCGCGCCUUGACUCAGUCUAUAUGCACGGCGAUUUUGCAAUUGUUGCCAUGUCCUCAGAAGCUGUAGUAAAGAGACCUGAAAGAGAGACUCUGAUCACAGAUUAUCCGAUGGAACACUGUUUCCCAAGCUAUUGUGGCGAAGAGCUAUUCAAUGCAAAAUCCCCUAGGCUCACGGAGAUUCAAGUAUGCAAAGUCGCAUCUCACCUUUUACAGGCACUGGUGUAUUUGAUGGAUUUGAAUGUUGCACAUGACGAUCUGAGUCACCGAAAUUAUGUGGUUGACGAGAACCUGAAUCUCACUCUUGUCGAUCUCGGGUUGUGCCGCACAGCUGCAGCGGAAACAGAUUGGCACGUGGAGAAUUGGCCCGCGAUUUUGGCUUCUGAAUUGCUGAUAACACCACAAAUUGCAAACUUUCUCAAUCAGUCCACGGAGCCGACACCGACCAGAGCUGCCAGAGUGGUGAGGAUUCCAUAUCCACACGACCUCCGUAAGCAGAUUCUUUGGAAACUGGGUGCUCUUAUUUAUGACCUCUUACACGGCUACGCACCCUGGGAGCAGCCCGAAUGGGACCCUGAAGUGGGCGUCCUCCGCAGUUUUCAUGAAUACAAACGGACUGAAAAGAGCGUGCUAUACAUACGCGAGAGGAGACAGAGAAUGGUUUUUGAGGAUUUGGCAAUAGACCCUGGGUUAUCACAGGAUUGUAUUGAUGUCCUGAGAGCACUUCUGGCAAGAGAAGAGGCCGAUCGCCCAACUUUCAGGGAAGUCGUGUCUUUUCCAUGGUUUCAAGGUCAUUGGACCGACUAUCCCGCAGCGUACUUUCAGAGACCCCCUUUUCUUCUGCGUGAGGCAAGUCCAGGCGUACCACGGUAUUCUGAAAAUUUUGAUGAGGGAGUAGAGGCAACCCACUAG